AUGGCCUUGCAGGUGUUGGAGUCGAGUGUACCGCAAUAUCGGGAUAGUGGCGUGUUAGAAACAAUGAUACUGCAGGCUGUCAACUACGAAGGAGAUGAAAAGGGUUCAUCCAUUGCACUCAAAGCCGAGCAGUCCUGCGUGAACCUUGUGGCUCUCAAUUAG